UACAGUACUAUCCUCCAACACAGCCAAUUUUCUAGCUUCUUCUGCUACUGCUAAACACCAAAUCCACCAUGAAACCACCACCUUUACUUCUCCCAUGUCUACUCUCUCUCCUUCUCCUCCCUCUUCUCUCCCAUUCUCUCCCCUCCCCGCCGCUUCCCGCCACCGUCUGCAUCAUCGGAAGCGGAAUCUCCGGCUCAUCCGUCUCCCAUUUCCUCCGUAAAUACUCGCCGGAACCCUCGCCGAUCUCCACCAUCCAUGUCUUCGAGAAAAACUCCGUCGUCGGUGGUCGUAUGGCUACUGUCACCAUUGCUAACAACACCUUCGAAGCUGGUGCCUCAAUUCUCCACCCUAAAAACUACCACGCCUUGAAUUUCACGAAGUUUCUCCAGUUGAAGAAGAGAGUUUCCGAAAACGAUGAUUGCGAAUCUUUAGGGAUUUGGGACGGAAAGAAGUUGGUGUUUAGAACUUGGAGUUCGAAUUGGGGAUUUUCGUUUGUUAAUAAGGUCGUUUCUUUGCUUAAUUCAAUCAAGCUUUUUUGGCGCUAUGGAUUUUCUUUGCUCAAAAUGCAGAAUGUUGCUGAGGAUAUGCUUGGUCAAUUCUUGAGGUACUAUGAGGGCUUUGAUACGAGGCCUGUCUUUAGUAGUGUGGAGGAAAUGCUCAAAUGGUCAGGCUUAUAUAACCUUACCAGCCGGACAUUGGAAGUGGAAUUAAUAGAUGCAGGCUUGUCUCCUUUACUUAUUAAAGAGCUUGUCACGGUUAUCACACGGAUCAAUUACGGUCAAAGUGUCAGUAUGAGUGGAUUGGCAGGAGCAGUUUCUUUAGCAGGUUCAGGUGAUGGGUUAUGGGCAGUUGAAGGUGGAAAUUGGCAAAUGGCUGCUGGACUUAUUAAUAAUUCAGAUGUCGAAUUGCAUCUGAAUGAAGAGAUACAAUCUGUCUCCCAUGUCGGAACUCAUUAUGAACUUAACUCAACUAAAGGAAACAGUUAUGUUUGUCAAGUCACAGUUUUUGCGACACCACUUGAUGAACUAAAUGUUAGAAUUGAGCCACCAAUAUCCAUUCCGGAUAGGAAGAUGCAGCACACUCACACUACGUUUAUCAGGGGCUUGUUAAAUCCUGCAUAUUUUGGCCUGGGAAGAGUUGGGGAAAUUCCGGACCUGGUUGGCACCCUCGAGGAUUCCAACAUUCCUUUUUCAUGUAUAUCUGUUUUGAAGAAACAUAACGGGGAAGAUAUGACGUACAAGAUGUUCUCACGCAAGCCUCUAGAUGAUGCAUUACUUGACCAAAUAUUUAGUAUCAGAAAGGAGACUAUUCGAAUAGAUUGGGCUGCAUAUCCUCACUACGAAGCUCCAGAAACAUUUGCACCCUUUAUAUUGGAUGAUUCACAUCUAUAUUAUGUAAAUGCUUUUGAGAGCGCGGCUAGCGCAAUGGAAACCGGUGCCGUUUCAGGUGAGAAUAUAGCGCGGCUAAUCCUGUCAAGACUUUCUGCUGAAGUAAUUUCAGGGUUACCUAGCGUGAAGAGCACCACUUUCAGCAGCAGAAGGGAUGAUCUGUACUCGGAUUUGUAGCCUGAUCAGUAAUGCAAUUAUGUUUUGGAGGAUUAUUUACUCAAUGUACAUUUGUAUCAAUAUUUACUCAAUGUUCUAUGUUGUGUAUCAAUAAUAUGUAUCAUGUUCAUUAUGCUUA